ACUUCUCUUCUGUCCUCAGGCUGGUCGUGAUGGGAAACAGCAGCACAACUUCGCCUCCUCCGUCUGUCAGCACCGCCAACAUCAGCACCAACAUUAGCGGUGGCGGUCACUCCUUUGGCGGCGUGCACUCCUUUGGCUUCCUGUGGUCCCUGCUCUUGUCCUCGGGGGACAAUUACUCUCAGAUGGUGUCCCAGUGUCAGGUGGAGACGGGUAAACUGGGCUGGUUGGGGGUGAAGAUCUUUGUUCUGGUGACGGCGUUCCUGGCAAAUGCCGCUCUGAUGUGGCUGCUGCUGAGGAGGCGGAGAGCCAUGACGGCGUCUGAGGUGCUGGGACUCAACGUGUCCCUCAUGGACGUCCUGUACUGUCUCUGCCUGCCUCUGGACAUUUACUCCACCCUCCGGGAGACGUGUCAGGUGACCCGCUCCGUCAGAGAGGCGCUCUUCGCUCUCAGCUUGUUCGGCUGCCCGCUGCUGCUGACCUUCAUGUGUCUGGAGCGCUACGUGGCGGCGGCGCGGCCCGUCACCUUCAUCAGGCUGGACCGGUGGGAGUACCGGGCGGUGCUGUGCGCCGCCGCCUGGCUGCUCACGCUGACCGUGGUGCUGCUGGGGUUCUAUGUGCGGAUGUUCGUCCUGGCUCUGGCGCUGUCCGUCACCAUCUCGCUGCUCUUCCUGCUCAUGCUGAUGAGUCUGCUCGCCAUCGCCGCCGUGUUGCGUCAGAGCGGCCCGGGCGAAGCUUCGGCGUCCAGCGCGCCGCUGAAGAGACGCGCUCUGAAGAACAUUGUGGCAGUGAUGGUGCCGUCGGUGGUGGCGUACUCUCCUCUGGUGGCUCUGGUCCCGUACGUGUCCGUGAUCGUCUCGCAGCCGUCGGAUGGCGUCAGCGCCGCUCAGUGCCGCGUCCUGCAGGUGCUGCUGCUCUUCCCGAACUUCGGCCUGUUCAUCGGCCCCGCCUUCUACCUGUCCCGCUUCAGACAGGUGAUCUGCUGCGGCCGAGAGCAGCUGAGCCUCAAAACACAGGCCGAGUAG